GCCUGCUCCGGCCGAAGAGCGGGCCGCGGCGCGCACGCACCCCGUCCGUCCCCUGAAUCACACGAAGCCGCUGCCCGCCGCAAGUCGGUGAGCGAGUCAAACGGUGACGCACGCCCCGCUACCCAACCAGCGCGCGCGCCAGCGGCCGCACGAGGGAGGAGAGGCACGGUGGUACCUCAUUUCCGCCCGGAUCCGCUCGAGGCGGGACUUUUCUCAGGCUGCGGGGGAAGGGGCCGGCGUUGAGGCGCGGGGUGGAGUUCUUAUUCCCGAUCCUAGAGUGGCUCCUCUCCCUGCGCCCCACAUCCGGGGCGGGCCACUGUACUGUACGGUGCCUCGAUAGGCUUGUCCGCCGAUGGCAACCUCGUAGACAACGUAACACGGCUUUCCUUGCGGCGCUCUCGCCGGACUCUAUGGUUUUAGGCGGCUAGGUGGAAUCCUGGCGGGGCCCGUGGCCCGGAGUUCUCGCGAGAACUAAUAUGGAGGGAGAAGAGGGGCCUGGCGCCGCGGCGGCUGGGCCGCCAGCGGGCGGGGCCGGAGGAGGAGGGGGAGGAAGUGUCAUGGCGGCGGCUGCGAGCGGGUCUGGUGGCGCGGGCUCGGCGGUGCGGGGUGGCGGCUCCUCCGUGUCUGCAUCGCGCUGGUUCUUCAGCCGGGAGCAGCUGGAGAACACGCCGACCCGGCGCUGCGGGGUGGAGGCCGACAAGGAGCUCUCGUAUCGGCAGCAGGCGGCCAACCUCAUCCAGGACAUGGGCCAGCGCCUCAACGUAUCUCAGCUUACAAUAAAUACUGCAAUUGUUUACAUGCACAGGUUUUAUAUGCAUCAUUCCUUCACAAAAUUUAAUAGAAAUGGUGAAGGGAGUGGUCUCAAAGUGAAUAUAAUCUCUCCUACUGCAUUGUUUUUGGCUGCGAAAGUGGAAGAACAGCCACGAAAACUCGAACAUGUUAUCAAAGUAGCACAUGCAUGUCUUCAUCCUCAAGAGGCACAGCUGGAUACAAAAAGUGAUGCAUACCUUCAGCAGGCCCAAGAACUGGUUAUACUUGAAACAAUAAUGCUUCAAACUUUAGGUUUUGAGAUUACCAUUGAACAUCCACACACAGAUGUUGUGAAAUGUACGCAGUUAGUGAGAGCAAGCAAGGAUUUGGCACAGACAUCCUAUUUCAUGGCUACCAACAGCCUGCACCUUACUACCUUCUGUCUUCAGUACAAACCCACAGUGAUAGCAUGUGUGUGCAUUCAUUUGGCAUGCAAGUGGUCCAAUUGGGAGAUUCCUGUAUCGACGGAUGGAAAGCAUUGGUGGGAAUAUGUUGAUCCUUCAGUUACUCUGGAAUUGCUAGAUGAGCUCACACAUGAGUUUCUGCAAAUACUAGAGAAAACACCUAGCCGACUGAAGAGGAUUCGUAAUUGGAGGGCUAAUCAGGCUGCUAAGAAACCGAAAGGGGAUGGACAGGUAUCUGAGAAUUCUCUUCUUGGUUCAUCUUUGGUCCAGAAUUCCAUUUUGGUGGAUACCGUUACUGGUGUAUCUGCCAAUACAAGCUUCCAAAAAUCAUCAACGUCGACCUUUCCUGCACCAGUACCUCUGAACUCAGGAAGUAUGUCUGUUCAACACAGUCAUGCACCUGAAAACUUGGCAAUAUUAGCUACAGGAAUGCCAAGUACCUCAUAUAGUUUGGCAUCGCACCAAGAAUGGCCUCAACAUCAAGAACAAACAAGGACCGAACAAAUAUAUUCUCAGAAACAGGAAACUACAUUACCUGGUAGUCAGUACAAUCUGAACUUCCAGCCAGGAACUUCUGUACAAUUGCAUUCUGGGUUACAUCACAGAUCUGACAAACUUACUGAGCAUUCCACUGGUAAACAAGACUAUGCUCACAAGUCAGGAAACAAACACCAUGGACAGGUUGCUGCUCCUGUAAUUCCUCAGAAAAUGUCCUUGGAUAAAUACAGAGAGAAACGCAAACUAGAAACCCUUGAACUGGAUGUGAGGGAACAUUAUGUAGCUACCCAAGUAGAACAGCAACAUAAAAAGCACAUCCAACCACAAGCAGCCAGUAGCAGUUCUGUUACUUCCCCUAUUAAAAUGAAAAUUCCUGUUGCAAAUGCAGAGAAACCAGAAAAACAUGUGUCUGAUAAAAAAGAAAAGGGUGGAUCACUCAAACUGCGAAUACCAAUCCCACCUACAGAAAAGAGUUCCAGUAAAGAAGAUUUGAAAAUGAAAAUUAAAGUUUCUUCAGAAAGACACAGCUCAUCUGAUGAGGGCAGUGGAAAAAGCAAACACUCAAGUCCACAUGUUAGCAAAGACCAUAAAGAAAAGCACAAAGAACAUUCUUCAAAUCGCCAUCACAGUAGCAGUCACAAGCAUUCACAUAGUGGUGGCAGUAGUAGCGGCGGCAGUAAACAUAGCACUGAUGGAAUAACACCAACUGCUUUGAGGAGUCCUGUUGGCCUGAGUAGUGAUGGUAAUUCCUCUAGUUCCGGCUCUUCAAGAAAGAAGUUGCACAGCAAUGAUGCUUCUCACAACCACCACUCCAAAUUGAGCAAAAGUUCCAAAAGUUCAGGUAGUUCAUCUAGUUCUUCCUCCUCUGUUAAGCAGUAUGUAUCCUCUCACAACUCUGUUUUUAACCUUCCCUUACCCCCUCCUCCCCCUGUCACAUACCAGGUGGGCUACGGACAUCUCAGCACCCUCGUGAAACUGGACAAGAAGCCAGUGGAGAACGGUCCUGAUGCCAAUCACGAGUACAGUACAAACAGCCAGCAUAUGGACUACAAAGAUACAUUCGACAUGCUGGAUUCGCUGUUAAGUGCCCAAGGAAUGAACAUGUAAUCAAUUGUUUAGGUCACUUUUCUUUACUUUUUUAAUUUAAGAAUUGUUAGAAUGGAAAACUUCCUAAUCUAGCAGUAGCAACACCAGCUGUUGUUGCCAUGGUUUCAGUAUAUGUAAGUGCUGCUUUAUCCUUCACUGAAAAGAAGAGGUAUAGUAAACAAGUCUUUAUCUCCACAUACAAUAGUGUUAUAAAUACUGUAAUAGCAUGGAAGGUGCAAAAAUCUCAGUAUUUCUACAACUGCAGCUAAGAACAGUAGAAUGAUCAUCUGCUUUUAGGUGUCUAGGAUGCCUCAAGCAUUGAUUAUUUAAAAUUUUGAAUACUGCAGCCACCAUUUUUGUUGCUUAGCUUUUGAAUGAGUGUAAUUGUUUCCUUGUGUAUUUAUACUGUAUGUAUGAUUUGCAUGUUUCAAAGAUAAAGGGAUUAAAAACAGUAUACUGACAACUGUUUACAAGAAAGUGGAGAAAAAUGUACAUACAUUUUUGUAUGUUUAGAUAUACCAUAAAUACUCAGGAUUGGAGCUGCUUGUAAGUAUAACAAAAUAUACAUAACUUUAUUUUAUCUUGUGUCAGAGUCCAUCAGUAAUCUAAACAAAGGUGACGCUUUGUCAUGUUUAUCUUGAACUGUAGGCCUUAUUGGAAGCUGCUUAAAAGGGCACUUCACUAGAAUGGGUAAUUUAGUACCAUGUGUGGUCAUCCACAGGAGAGCAUCACCAAUGAGGCAAUAAAGGAGUCUGGGCCUCAGUUUGCUGAUUGUGACCAGAUUGACUGCUGAAAUGCACCCCAAGCUUUCUGAAGGAAAAAAGAAUAAAGUUUACAUAAUCUUUUGAUGUGAAGUGCAUUUAAAUGUUUAUUGGCUUGAUGCAGUAAUAUAGGCAGAGCUGUUACUUAAUGAUUACGUAGAUUAAUGUGAGUUAAGAACUGAAAUUCAUAAAAACUUAUAGUGAAAAAUUAGUAAGUUGUUUUUUAAACUUUAAUACCAUAAGUUAUUUUAAUAGUAAACAGGGAUCACUGUUUCCAUUACCUUUUCAGAAUAACAGCCAUGUUCUGAAGUCCAAGAAGUGUAUUUGUGUGUGAUGCCAUAUUUCUUUUACAGGUGAGAAUGCAGUCUUCACAAUAAAUAAGAGUAAAACUAUGAUAUCCCAACUUUCCUUUAUAUUCCAACAAUAAAAUAGUUACCACUGAUUCUCUGUGCAUUGUACUUGUGAUUAGUUACAAAAUUGGAGGUUACUUGUUUUGUUUUUAGCUCUGUGAAAAAUCACUCUUCAAUUAAACCACUAGUAUACACUUUGUCUGUCUGCAAGUGUCAUAAUAUGGCUUGUGUACUGUUUGCACAGUCUUCUGCCUUUUUAGAAGAAAUAAGAGACUUGAACGUUUAUACAUCAUUUUUGUUGAAAGCCAAUACUACAGUUCCGUUUUACCAGCUGACAAUUAACUAAUUUUAUGGUUGCGCUUAAAAUCAUUAAUAAGCUAUGAAUUAAUUCAACAUGUAUUCAGUAUAAGAUAGCGAACGCUGGUUCCUAGUGACUGUUUUGAUUUUUUUUAAAUAUACAAGAAGUGAAGUUUUGCUAAAUCACCUGCAUAUGCAGUUAGUACUUGGUGUAACUGGUUGUAAACACUUCAGAAUUUUAAUCUGAAGCUUAGCCCUUUAGUUCCAUUAUUAAAUGAAGUGCUUUAAACCACAAAAUUGUUCAGUACUUACCCGUUUGUAGUUGCUAUAUUAUGUAACUACAGGUAUAUCAAUUACUAUGUAAUACUCAGUUUCCAGUAAUGCAAAAGCUUAUCACUAAGUUUUAUUUGAACAAUGGACACUACUUUUUACAUCUAAACAUUUUAAAUUGAAAACAGAAUAAUGUAUCUAGGUCCACAUUUAGCCUUUUCCCAUGGAUAUACAGGAUACAAAACUUUACCCUUAACUGCUUUGAAUUUCUCUACAUUCAGAAAAAUAUACUUCAACAUUAUUACACUUGUUUCACAUUGUUGGAUAUGUUCUAACCCUUUUAAUAGUCUCUCCUCUCCAUCUCAGCACUAAGUCUGAAGAAUUGUUGACAAAUGUAAGCAAUGUAAACUGUUCUAAACUAAUAUGCAGAGAUAGAAGAUAAAAUAGUAAAUUGUGUUUAAAAUACUCUUUACAAAGUAUCACAAUAUUUGCUUGUAAGCCUAUUAAAUAGCUGUACAAUGAAAUGCCUCUUAUGCAUCCAAUGUGGAUACAGCAAUAUAUUGUACUAGAAAUAUAGCAUCUAAUGUUAUAACUUAGAGAUGAAAUGCCAGGCAGGUAACUGGUGAUGGUCAAAAGCAAAUGAAAAACGCCAGAGAUUUUCACUUGAGUUGAUGACUUACACAGGUCGUUCACGCUGAUUCCAGGGAGCUCUGAAAUUACAUUGACAAAGGGUUGCUAUUCUAAGUUAAUGAGAAACCGUGAUUUCAAUUUCUUUGUAGAGAAUAUCCACAAAUAAGAUUAUUUUUAGUUUGCAUUAUAAUUGUGUAAAUAUGUAUAUCUCUGUACUGAAGUCUUGCUCUCUGAGAUUAGAGUUGACAUGGUGGAUAUGGGGGGUGGGGAACAACAAAAUAUCACUAAUUCACACUGACUGAAACCCAUUGCAAAUGACUGAACUUUGAAUUACAGCAUGUUCCAACUGUUUAUGGGGUCAGCAUUGGUCCCAUAAGUGAAUGAAUAAAUGCAAUAAAAAAGCUAAUACGCCACAA